AUGGACUUUGCAGUAGAAAGUGGCAGUGAAACAAGAGAGACUCAGAUGGCUGUAGAUAAUGUUAUGCAAUGCAGAAAGUCUGGGAAAAUGGGUGGGGAGUGGGAGGCAGUUGUGCAAGGUGGUCAGCUGGACAUUGGUGAUGUAACAGAGACACGACCCAGUUAUGAGAGGAGAUUGGACACACAAGAGCCAAGCUGCCAGUUGUACUUGAAGGACAGAGUGAAGUACAUUGAAGGCAGUAUUUCUAUGAAACAAAAACAAAUCAGUCAGAGUGCUCCAGUGAAGCAAACGUCUGCUUUUGCAUCUCAAACUCCUCAGAGUGGAACGCUAAGAGGUUCUAAUCAACCACAGCAAGUUAGACUCCAGCAGCUGCAAAUGGAGAAGGAGAGACUGAGAUUAAAGCACCAAGAAUUGCUUCAGCAGGAACUAGCCUUGCGAAACCAGCUGCCAAUUCUAAACCAAAAUUGUAGCUCACAAACUAAAGUGACAUCCCCUGUAUUAUCCCAGGAGAUGACAGCUGUUACAGCCAACAGUUCAGAUCCAUUUCUCAACAGUGCCUCACACCACUCCAGAGAUGAAAGCACAGACAGUGGACUGAGCAUGAGCAGCUAUAGUAUCCCUCAAAUGCCUGAUAAUUUUCUCAGCAGUGCUGAUGAAAUGGAUACAGGUGAAAUUGUUGGACAAAACAAUGUGAUGUCACAACAGAACCAGUUCCAAAGCUGUGCAGAAAAUAGUUCAGGAGCUAAUGUGGAUCAUGAAGUACUAGAGGAAGAGGCUAUGAAUGUGGAAGGAGAACUGAUGCCAAGCCUACAGGACGCACUUAACUCUGACUUACUCAUUGAUAUGGAAUCAGUUCUUGCUGCAACCAAGAUAGACAAAGAGAGCUUUCUUACAUGGUUGUAGAUGUAGUACUGUACAAAACUAUUUAAACACCUGAAGAAGGAUAUUAAUUGAACUGUGUUGUCUUUCCUCAGCAUACAGAUAGUAUUCAGAACUUGUAGCAUGGAGCAUAAGCCUUUCUAAAGAUAGCCUGCUUUUUCAUAGCCAUAUUUCUCAUAGUCUGGUAGUUUGUUUACAGUUGUCAGUCUUAAGCUGACACCUUGGAUUUGCAGUUUUCAUUGGUGAUAACACCUAAGUGGAGGCACCCAUACUUAUGUGUGUGUGUUGGGUUUGUAUCCUUCUAGCUUGUCAAACUCUGGUCAUCUUCCUUAACUUAAGAUUGUAUCCUUUAAUAACUACUGUGUAUUAUUAGUAGUCACAUGGUAGAAGCUCUCUAAUGAUAUAACACCGAAAGUUAUGUGUGUGGUAUUUAUAUGAGAUUACUUUAUGUCAACAUACCACAAUGUCAACUUCAAGAACGUCAACCACAAAAGGUCAACAACAGAAGCAUUAACAGUCAACUGCACAUCUAUGAGUAAAGUCCUCGCCACAUGCAACCAAAAAAAGAAACCCAAAAUAUUUUUGGAGGGAAAUGUGUAUAUACAUAUAUAUACAUACACACACAUAUUCUUGUUCUGUUUUGCUUACACACACACACCCCGCAUGAAAAUGGCAUGCAUUUAUUAGAUCAUCGAUCUGCUCUAAAACUUUAAAUUCUAUUCUGAAUUUACUAAUUGAGUCCUUUCUCAUCACAACUUGAAAAUUAACUUUUAGAAAGGACUCUGCUUCUCCCAUUCGUAGGGAUGAAAUGAAAGGGGAGUCAAUAUGUAUUUGUCUUGAUUCAGCAUAUGUUCACAUUAUAGGCAGUCAGUACAUACAUACACACACACAUUUGUAAUAAGGAUUUGUAACUGCUUAAAAUUUACUUUGGUUAUUACUUGCUUAAUUGUCUGGUGCAAUACAUUGUCAAUCAGUUUGCAUAACCAAAAUGUUCUUCCAUUUAAGUUAGGCUUUUGACUAGAACAUAUGUGUAGUGGAUUGCUUAUAUAUAUUUUUGUCCAAAACUCCUACAAUCAGUCUUCCAGUGGCAAAAAAAGUUGUUUUUCUCUCCCUCACUUCUGUAGUUAUUGAUAUAUCCAACAGUAGGGGAUAGAAUUGGGAGGUUCAGACAUUAGAUGCUUCCCACAAUGGGCACAGAUUGUUUUUGCUUCCCCAAACAUCCUUUUUCCUUGUUAUGCACAUUAGAGGAAACCAAUAUGUGUGCACACUGUGCCAAAGGUAUUGUCUGGUGCCUUGUAUUUGUCCCUUUCCAUUUUUCUUAUCAUUUUCAUAUGGUUAUCAUGAAGUAAGUUUUCAGUGAAUCAUGCUUACUGAUCUGAUCAUACUGCAACCACCCUGAUUUGUAAAGCAGGGUUGCUACUGCCAUCUUUCACAUUUUGCUGUUUGGUCAUUUUAUAGGCUUACUGAAUUGUAUAACAGUUUCACAGUCUGUAAACCAACUAAUUUCACAUAAAUGUAUUUCAUUUUACAGUUUACUAUUUUAUACAUAUAAAUAAGUGUUUUACUACUAGGCAAUACUGGCUUAAAUGCUGCUUGCACCGUGAGCUAUUCACACUAUAUGAGUAUUAUGAGAGAAGUGAAUUUUUGUAAGUGAAAGGUAACUUUAGUAUUUUUCUACCUGCAUUAAUUGGCUUGAUUGACUAGCGAUAGGAAUCUGUAGAUAUUAGAAUUUGAGGGCUGUGACUGCAAAGUCAGAAGUACGUUCCUGAGCAGUGUAGUAAGAAGGAACAAAAGAAAGGAAAUUGGCUGUAGUAUUUCCCUUUGGCGAGGAUGCAAGUUUUUACUCUUAGGUAAAAGCAAAUACCAUUGAAGAGUUUCACUAGUGGUCCUACAAACUCUCAUGGUAAAUGGAAAGUCUUGCUUUCAUUGCCAAGUGAUCAGUUAGGUAAAUAUGAAUAGAAAAAUAGAAAGUUGAGGUGUUUAGAUCCCUGUAAUGAAUACAGUAUUUGUAAAACUUGAUUGUUCUCUUAUCAUAAUGGAUAUAAUAUCGCUAACAUUUUCAUACAGUGUUACAUUAAUGCAAUAUUCAUAACACAGGCAGCACCACCCUGUUUUAUGUAGACAGAAGCCAAACCUCGUCAACCUGUUCUAUUGGUAAAAUCCAUUUCCUGUGGCAUUCUGUGAUAAUUCUGAAAAACAGUUGAUCCAUUUCAGUUUCUUUCACUAAUUUCUACAAUAUGAUUUUCUUUUAUUUUGUCUUAUGAAUUAACAAGCUGAACACCAUAGUAGUAUUUUUAACUGCCUGCAUCAUUCAAUCAUUUUGGUUAUCUACCUCAUCUGGAAGAAUAACAAAUGCUACUAUAGAAGAUCCUUUCCUUCCAGACUAGAAUAUUUUCCUUUUUUCUUUUGUAAGGAUAAUUAACAUGUUGGAUGCAUUAUUGCUUACCUUAUGUGUUAAUCUUUCAAGACUUUUUGAGGGCAAGAAGUUUAAGUUUUACAUUAUUUUAAUAUUAAUCUAUCUGUUCUUAAUUCAAAGUCAUUAAAACAAAAGUACUAGUUUUAAGAUUUUUUUCUGAAAAUUCAUAUCAGAAGCAGGUAAGUGGUAAUGAUUCCAUUCCACUUGAAAUGUAAGCUGUAGAACAAAAAGGAGGUUCUGAAAACAAGUUUAAACAUGAAAGUAAUAAAGUAUUUCCUUUGUUAUGGGACAUGGAUAAAGAUCUGGACAAGGGUUUGUUGUAGGCUACACAAGAGUCUUUCUUUAUGGAACUGGUAGGUGCGGUUACUAAAUUGGUUACUGGGCCUGGGUAUAAUUCUGCUGUACCACUUCUGAGUAUGUAGCCUUUCCACAACCCUGCUUUUCACCUCCUGGAUUAUAAUAGCCAGUUAUAAUUUGGAUUCAGCAUUAAAUGACACGUUUUUGUAUGGUGUUUUUCCUUUCUUUUUUUACUCGUGUCUGUACUCCAGAUUUGUUUUUAUCAGUACAAAGAGAGCAUCACCAUUAAUGUCCUGUUUUGUUUUCAAGAGCUUUCAGUUCUAUUUUUCCUACUUCCAAGAGAAUAGGUUAGUUUAAGUAAGAUACUGAUGCUGUUCAUAAGCAUGAUUCACCAAUCACUGUUUCUUCACUAAAACCUCGUGUAUAACAGUGCUACUGCUCAGUUGUGGCUACCUGCACUUUAUUCUCUUUCAUCUUCUGUGGUAGUGGUGUUAUGUCAGAUUAUUUGCUAGAAUCCCCAUGCUUUGAUGUCCGGUAUCAUCUUGGUGCAGCUGUACAGCUGCUAAUGCAAUUUUAACUAAUGAGUAACUUUUUCCUAGGUAGAGUUUUGCCACUCCCUGAGUAACAGCUUGUAUGGUGGAUCCUGCACCAGAUCCUCACACACAGAUGAGCAAAUGGGAUGGCUGGUACAAGAAAGAGGAGAUGAUUAAAGGGUAAUGUGAGGGGAAAAAAAGAAUACAUUAAAAAAGUACCUGAUUCAGUGGCUUACUCCAUGUUAUGUCAUGCAUUAGAAAAUUUAGGACAAGGUAAUGAGAAUAUUCACUACUAUCAUCCCUGUAGACAGCUCUAGCUGACUGGGUCCUUUGUCCAUUUCUAAGCUCCUUACUUGAGAACACUACAUUUUAGAUACCUUCGACUUUGGUUGGAUCCAACCCUCUCUAUUUAAGUUCAUAUUUUUCACUUUAAUCAUUCACUAACAACUCAUGACAUGCUGUAAGUUCUCAAAACCAACCAUGAAGCUGGAAUCUCUGCAUAACUACGCCUAAUAUGUAACCUACUUUGCAUCCUAUAAAAAGAGUUUUCUUUUUUUUUUCUUGUGGAAAUCUGUAUACUUAUGGCACUUGCUUCCAACACAGCAUCUUUGAAGCAUCUUGCAGGAAGCUGAUUUCCAAUAAAGCAUUGAUUAGAGUAUCUCUUUUGUAUCCUUGCAUACAAGUUUCAUGCACUAGACUAUUGCUUUUUACUUGUCAAUUGUGUGGUCCAUUUAUGCUUUAUGGUCACAAAACACUGGGCAGUAACUUUAUCCAGAGUAAAGGUGAGCCUCUCUACUAAACAAUUUGUUGGAGAAGGACAGAGAAUACUUAACUCCACAUCUACAGAGAGGUCUGACAUAAAGUUGCCCAUCUAUAUGUCAGUAUUUCCUGUGGAAAUCCAACAUUGCUGAACACUUCUAACAAAACAGGCUGCUCCUGUCUAGACCUUCUAAUUUGGAUGAUCAAACAGUUUAUACUCAUAUUAGCAACCUUAAAAAAAAGAAAACUAAACAGCAUCCUAAUAUUCUUCCAAGAUGCUUUAUUCAAAAUGCAGUAAGUGCUUUUAUUCCCCACAGUCACACAGACUUCAUUAAACAAUGAAGAAAAGUUUUGAAAUGCUAGUGCAUCACUUACAGAUGCAAUAGAGUCAAGACUGGCAUGCUACUAAAGGUUUUUUAUUAUACAUACAUAAAAUGUCAGGAGCAAGACAUUAAUUUCCAUCUAGUCAGUCUCUGUUGUGCAACCAGUAAAUGUUAGUUGCCUUA